AAAAGACUAAUACACACCACAGGCACCCACAUAGGAUCGUCCCCACAGAUAGAGUUGUGUGGCAAUAGGUCCCACGUGCACAGGUAGAAGACCCCUCCCUGGGGAGAGGGCUUCCCAAGGUGAUCCACAUACCAACACGUUCCCCUCCUUGGGGAGGGCACUGUAAGGGAGGGAGAUCCUGCCUGUGGGAUGGAUCCAGCCCACCUAGUCUAGUAGGCUACCAGCAGUGAGGGAUUGCGGGGUAUGACCUGCUGCAGAAUUCAGGGCUCCUAAGCAGGAAGGGGUGAGCAGGGGCUGCCAGACCGACACCACCUACCCCAGAUCCACCUCAGCUGCUACUGGCCCAACAGAUCUAGCCUGUACUGAGGGCUGAUCCUGACCUGCAACCUGGUGUGAGCUUGCUACCCUUGUUGUGUGGCAGUUGCAUGCACACAAGACUCCCUUUGGGAGAGAGUAAUGUACAGCAAUUCCAUUCUUACAUACCACACAUGCAGACACGCACAGAACUAGCUCUUGUGGGUAGAGCCAUGUACAGUAUCUUCCUUUGUACACAAAUGCCCCCCGUCCCCACCUUGGGAGAAAAGUGUUGUAUGAUAAAGAUAAUGCCCCAGACAGACAAUAAAAUGUUAUGUCCCACUCUGCAGAAACACUGAGCUACUAGCAAAUCCUCCCCUCCCUCCACACACAUUUCUAGGAAAAUGUGUCAAAAUAAGGCAAAAUACCCAGAAAUAUCAAAAUGCUCCAAAUACAUGCAAUAAAACACACACACUGAGGCAGAGAUAAAAUACUUUGCAAUAUCCUUUCCCUUUAAGAACAGAAAAUAAUAUACAUACUGGAACCUCCCCCUCCAAAUGCACAUGCCUAGCAAGGAAGUCUGUAAAUUCCAGUAAAGUAUCCCUGGCAAAACCAUUAUAUACAAAACAAAAUCUCUCUUCCUCACCCCAAGAAAGAGGUCACACACAGUAAAAGCCCCACAGCUGUAGGUAAAGUCUCAUCUAUACUUCAGCAAAGGAAGGUUUGAAGGACCAAGAGAACAUUUUAUUCUGUCUGGGCUGAGUUCUGUACCCAUCUAUUAUGCAACUACUACUGAAAGGAAAUACUCCCUUAGAUGAGAUAACAGCCUUCAUGGCUCUGUAACUCAGGAGGCCUGCUGAGAUGAAUUUAGAUUGCACAGCCUGUUUUUGGUAAGCACUUCAGACUCACACUGUAUGGCAGGCACAAACAGUCAAUAUGUCAUUAUCAUUGCAAACCCAAGAAAAAGAAUUCAGAAGCGUCUUUUUACUUGAAAGUUAUCAUGAUUUUCAAAUAAUAGUUGUCAGCUACUAAAGAAAAGGCAAUCAUUUCCCUAUCAGUUUACACAGUUAAUAUAUUAUUCAGUAUACUGGAUUAGAUGACAUAAUUGAAGGAAGUUGAGAGAGUUCUUGAACAAUACACUGGAAGCUGGCUUGUUAAGCCAUUAUUGAUUCUCUUCUCCAAGUAAAGCAUACCUAGCUUUACAACAAAGUUUAACAUUAGGUUUAGCCGCAGGCUAAUUAAUUUACAAUAUCAUUACAAAAGGAUUUUAACAUGGGUAUGAGAUCUGGAAAUUGCAGGUGAUACAGUGCUUUUUUAUUACUGCUACCAUAAUAUGUUUGCUGCUGCUACCAAAAAUUUUGUUAAGCAGGUUGAUGAUGGAGGGAGAUUAAUUCCUGUUCCCAGUCUCAGUGAAGCUGACAAAUACCAACCUUUGAGCCUUGUUAUUAAGAAGAGAACGUGUUUUCUUUCAAAAAAAUCUAAAUUUGCUUCAACGCCUUUCACCUUAAAAGACAUUCUUCAGGGAGAGAGAGAAAUUUCUUCAGGUGUUUCAUCCUAUCAGUUGUUGAACUAUGAGGACAAAUCAGAUCUUUCUCUGAAUGGUAAACGAGGAAAUCAGAUAAUGAAUGAUGUCGGGGUCAAUAUUGAUGGAUCAGAUUCUGUUGCAGUUAAAGCUUCAUUUGGCAUAGUGACCAAACAUGAGGUUGAAGUACCAACUUUGCUUAAAGAACUUACGACUAGAAAAAUUAACUUUGAUCAUUGCCUCGUCCGUCAGGCAAGACAAAGUAGGAAGGAAGUUCUGUGUGUGGUAAUGGAAAGUAUUAGAACAACACGGCAAUGCUCAUUAUCUGUCCAUGCUGGAAUGCGUGGGGAAACAAUGAGGUUUCACAUUAUCGAAGACCAGAAUUAUAAAGUACGGGACAAAGCUAUCGUUUUUCCAGCACACACAACCAUUGCAUUUAGUGUAUUUGAACUUUAUAUUCAUUUGGAUGGUAAUUUUGAAUUUUGUGUCACUCCAGUUUCCAAAGGCGGAUUUGAAAAAGAGCAAUCUGGAUCAUUUUCAAUGAGCAAAUUAAGGAGUAAUCUGUUCCGUCGAAAUAAGUGGGUAUUGGAGACUGUUGCUAACUCAGAUGAUUACUUGGAGGAGCUUUUAACAGAUUAUUAUGAAAAAGCUGCAAGCAUGACUGAUGUCUCUACAAGCUAUCUCAGAGAAGGGUCUCAUAUCCGAGUGAAUUUACUUAAUAACAACAUCCCAAAAGGUCCAUGUGUCCUUUGUGGCAUGGGUCACUCUAAAAGGGAGACAGUCUAUGGAUGUCUCGAGUGUUCUUUUCAUGGACAAAAGUAUGUACGACUGCAUGCUGUGCCCUGCUUUGACCUCUGGCACAGAAGGGUGAGAUAAAUUAUCUGUGACAGUGCCUAUUGUUAUAGACUUAGGUAUAACUGUGCCACAAACUUUCCAAAAGUGACUUAGUAAAGCAUUAAAAGUGCAAAAUGUUUUAGUAUACUA